GAGAGAGAGAGAGAGAGUCUCCCCGCUUGCACUGCAGGCCAUGGAUCAAAACAUUCUCUGGUCUUGCGCACAGAUACGCACCCAUGCAUAACAUCGCAUGGGGCCACCCAACCCACCCCACCCCAGCCGUCAGACGACAGAGUAUCUGCCUGUGGUCUGAGCGCGAGAGCCCACGUUGAGCUCCCGCACCGCAAUCGACUCGACAAGCCGACGAAGCUCGUUCCUGCAGCACACACAUCACCACACAAGACAAGACAAGACAGGACACACAGAGAUACACACAUGAUCCGAUCCACUCUCUGUGCGGUUUACUUGGCGAGUUGUGUUGAGAUGAGAGUGGGUCCGAUGAUUUCGACGUAGAGCUUCUUGUCGCCGAAGGUGGGCUGUGCUCCCGAAGGGACGUACUGGCCCUUGAUCUGGCAGGCAGUGCCCGUCAUCUCCUUGACCUGCAUCAACACCUCCUGCAACACACAGACAGACACAGACACACACGGACACGCGCAGUGGAUGACAUUCUGCUCAUCUCCUCUCCUCCCCCCCCUCUCUCUCUGUGGGUGUGUCUGUGUGGGUACAUUACCCUACCCUGUGUGUGAGUUUGUGUCUGGCUCUCUCCGGGUAGUCGUUGAUUUCAAACUCUUCAACCACGUUGUUGGUGUGCGGGUCGCGGUAGGGCGUCACGCCGCUCGCACUGCCAUACGGCAGCCCGUCGGCACCCGUCACAGCAGGAGGCGCCUGCAUCGUCAACAUACCCGCAGCACCGGCCUGGAUGCCCUGAGCCUGCAGCCUCUGAGCAAUCUCCUGCGCAAUCGCCGCUGCUGCUGGCGUGGCUGCUGUGGCCCCCGCGGCUGCUGCUGCUGCUGCCGCUGCUGCGGGUGUACUUGGGCCCUGCUGCUUGAGGAUGGCCUCUGCACGCGCCUUGGCCAGGGCUGCGGCCUGGGUGACGUCGGCAACGGAGGCGCCGGGUGCGGCGACGUUGGCGAGCUGCUGCAGCUGUGCGGCUGGAAUGCCAGCUGCGGCUGAGGGGAGUGGGGGGGCGGGGGAGGGGGCCAGGGGGUUCUCGAUGUCCUCGGUGGGGAACUCCUCGCGCUCCUCUUCAUUGUCACCGAUGCCUGCAGCCAGCCAUCCAUCCACAGAUCACAUCAACUGUGCAGUUGUUUGUGCGUUCGGUCUCCUCUCUCUCUCUCUCUCUUGCCCUGGCUGCCCCCUGGCUGCCCGUACUGACCGAAUGUCUUUUUGGCCUCCUGUCUCUCCUUCUGCUGUCGGCUCUUCUCGGCAUCGGUGAACUUGAAGCCAUGCCCACCGAAGCCGCCCUUCUUGUGCUUCCUCGCCAAGCCCAUGUUGACCCGCAUCCGGUGCUCCUCGGCCAGGCGCGCCAGGUCGGCAGGCACCUCCUGCCCGCUCUGCUUGAGAGCCUUGCACAGGUCGUCGGCCUUGUCUUCCUCGUCUGGUGUGAUGAAGGUGUAGGCCACCCCGACGUUGCCCGCCCGGCCGGUGCGGCCGAUCCUGUGGACGUAGUCUUCGAGAUGGUCUGGGGUGCUGUAGUUGACCACUAGGACGACAGACUUGCAGUCCAGACCACGGGCGGCCACCGAUGUGGCUAUGAGGACGUUCCUUUCACCAUUCUGAAGACCAGACCAAGCACAGACACAAAGAGAGAGAGAUGGGGGAGGGGGGGGCUGUGGGUACUCUUGCUUUGACCUUGAAGUCUUGGAUGGUGAAGUCUCUGUCCGUCUGGUCCUGGCCGCCGUGCAGCACGCUAGUCGUCCCCCCGCCGUAGCCGUACUCCAUGAGCUCCUUGAAGAGCUCGUCGGCCUCCACCUGCUUGCUCACGAAAACUAUGAUCUGCCCGUGGUCAAACCACUCGCCAAACAGCUGCAGCAACCUGCUCAGUGCAUAAACAGAUCCACACACACACACACACAUACACAGACAGAGAGAGAGAGAGAGAGGGAUACACAGACGCAUUUGUCUCGUGUGUGUUGUGUUGUGUGCCGCACUUACCUGAGCAAUUUCUGGUUCUCGGGUCUGACUUCGACGUACUGUUGGAUGUGCGCAGCGGUGCGGCCCUUCUCGCCGAUGACGAUCUCGAUGGGCUUGUGCAGGAUGCCCCGGGCGAGGGCCUCCACGUGGGUGGGGAAGGUCGCUGAAAACAUGGCCGUCUGUCGGUCUGGCCGGAUGUUCUCUGAGUGAGAACACACACAGACACACACACACAGAGGCAGGCACGAGUGUGUAGGAUUGUGUGUGUGUGUCUGUGUAGUGGGGGUCAUGCUCACUGGCGAUUGCGGCGAUCUGUGGCUCGAAGCCCAUGUCGAACAUGCGAUCCGCCUCGUCCAGCACGAAGUACGUCACACGCUGACCGACACACAGACGUCGCACACGAACACACACAGAAGUCAAGGCCAUGUGGUUCUCUCCCUCCCUCUGUGUGUGGUCGUUCUUUCUUACCCUUAGGUUGGUGACUUUGCCGUUGCUCGUGGUCAGCACGUCAAUCAUGCCUGGGCCACACACACACACACGGAUACACACACAUUGCCGUGCACUCGUCCGUGUCUGUGUGUGCGUGUCUGUUGCCUACGUCCAGGAGUGGCCACGACGAUCUCAGCGCCCCGCUUGAGCCUCGACAGCUGCUCGCCGAUACCCGUGCCGCCGUACACGGCCAACUGCACACACAUUCACAAGACGGACAAGAUACGCAUCCAUCCUUCUGCUCGUGUGUGUGUGUCUGUGUGUGUGUCCUACGGCAGUGAGGUCGCAGACUUUGCAAAACCGGUUGACCUCCUGCCAUAUCUGCAGACACAACUCACGAGUGGGCGUCAUCACCUACACACACACACACAGACACACAUCAAUCAGAGGACGACACACGCGCCCCAAUGACCCACCACAACUUGACUGACCCUCUGACUGACAUCAAUCAUACCAGUGCAAUCGGCCCAUCUCCGUCUUUGAGCGGAGGCUGGUCGAGUAUGUGCCGCAGCAUGGGCAGCACGUAGGCCAGUGUCUUGCCUGAGCCUGUCUCAGCGAUGCCGAUGACGUCCCUGCCGGCCAUGAGUGAGGGGAUGGCCUGCAUCUGGAUGGGGAAGGGCUGCUCGUACUCGCGCUUCUCUAUCAGCUGCACACACACACACAGAGAGAGAGAGAGAGUAGGACAGAGGAUGGUGGCUGUGGUGCAGUUGUGCUUGCCUUGAGUAUCUUGUCAGGCAGGCCGCACUGGUAGAAAGUCCUGAUCGGCCUGGGGUGGUGUUUGCCGCGCACCUGAAGACACACACGCAGGGCAGCCAGACAGAGAAGGGGGCAAGAGGAUGAGCACAUUAGUCGAUGGAAAUCCCAUGCACCACAGCCAUAGCAGCAGCACACCACACGGCAAGGCACAGGUAAGCAAAGCACUCAUUGCAGUGAGUGCACCCACAGGCGGCCGGCCAUCCACUCCACGCAUCCACACAUCCACGAGCACCGCACGCACAAUGGCAAGCAAGGUAAGCAGUGUGUGUGUGCAUAUCGACUCAUGGGAUGGAUCGGUCCCCAUCCAACCCACGCCACGCACGCAUCUCAUCGCAACGCAACGCACCCUGCGAAUCGCCAACAGCACACACACAGACACAGACAGACAGACAGACAGCCACACAAUCGGUGCCCCGCCCUUCGAGUGGGUGUUACGUAUGGAUUGAAUCAGUGGGAGGGGAUGGGCACAGAGAAGGGGACAAACAAACCGCCGCCCGGGACCUGUGACACGGGGAGGGAGGGGGAGGGAGGGGCGCGGUGUGUCGCGUGCCGACCAGCCGAUUGCCACGUAAAAUGUCAACCCGCCCCACAGACACGGAACGGCAAAAACGCCACGCCCUGGCUGUCUGCCUGUCUGUCUGUCUGACUUUGUGCUGCGACGCCCUUUUGUCUUAAUACCUUGAUGUCACCGUGUGUCUUGCGGAGCGCCUCCACUUCGUGGUCCUUCAUCAACGUGAUCUCGCGAACUGAACAGACGAGACGUGACACAGAGAGGGGGGAGGGGAGGACAGCAAUGGUCUCUGCCUGGUCUGCAGUGCAGCUCUCCUCCCUUGUUGUCUGUCCCCUUGACUGGCUGACCUUGUCUGUAGAGGUUUUUGCGGAAUGGUGGGUACUCGAUCUUCGAGUGGUCCACGGCAGGCAGCUCCUUCUUCGUCCCAUGCUUCUGCACACACACACACACACACGCACCCCACACAGCAUACAAACAGAUGAUGAAGUGUCCGUCCUCUCUCUCUCUCUCUGUGACCGAACCGAGCCGUACGUACCUCCAGCAGGUCGAAGUAGCUCUCCCGCUGCUCCUGCUCCUCCCUCUCGAUGGCGUCCUCCAGAGGGUCCCGCUCCUCGUCACCAAAGAUGCGCUGACCCUUCUUGACAUCGGCAUCAACUUUCACAAGAGCUGCAGCUGCAGCGGCGGCGGCGGCGGCAGCAGCAGCAGCAGGGGUGGGUGAGGGGGGCGUCGGGGUAUCUGCCUUGGCAGCGGCAACGGCAGUGGAGUCGCCAUUCUGCUUCUUCUUGGCGGCCUCGUCGGACUCUGAUGCCACACCCACAGAGAGAGAGAGACACACACACAAAUCAGAGAUGCUGUGGGGUCUGGUGUGUCUGUCUGUCCGGUUUGAUACAUAUACAUACCGUCUUUUUUCUUCAUGGCUUCCAUGAAGGCCUUGUAGAACUUGUCAUCCUCCUCAUCGUCCUCCUCCUCGGCCGGCAGAGGCCCCUCUGGCUGCUGCUGCUGGUGUGGCAGCUCCAUCUUGACGUCCUCGAGCUUGGGGCCGCCGUCCACCUCCAUCUUGACCACACCAUCCUCGCCAUCCUCGCCCUUGACCACACCUGACACACACACAGAAUGCCAGACAGACAAAGGAACGAACGAAGAUGGGUGCGGUUGCCGCGCUUCAUCUGAGGCAGCAGGCACGCUGUCUGCCUGUCUGUCUGUCUGUCUGGCUGUGGGCUCAGCCUUUCGCCUUGUCUUCAGUACAAGCACUCAGUGACAUACAUACAGACAGACGCAAGGCGGAUAAAAGCCUCCGUCUCUCUCACACAUCACAGCCAGCCGCAAUAGCCUAGCCUGCCGACUCUCUCUUCCCCACCGCGGCAUACCUUCUUCCCCACCGCCCUGGUCCACAUCCAUCUUGACGUCGGCCCCAGCCUCCUGGGCGCCGUCCACAGGCCCAUUCAGCUGCUCAAUCGGCCCGUUAGUCAUCGGCACACCACCACCACCACCGCCACCGCCACCAUUAGCAGCAGCAGCAGGAUCGCUCGCUGCUGCUGGUGCGACAGGGGCCGUCUCAUCUUGCUGUGUGGGCUGCGGUGUGGGUGAGGGUGCAGGUGUGGGGGGUUUGCUCUUGCUCUUGUCCUGCAUCUCUUUGGCAGCCAGCAGCUGUAUUUCCUCGAGGGUGAUGGACUUCAUGCGCGAGGCCUCCAUGGCGGCGCCGACGCCGCCCUUCUCGAGUUUCUUCUUGCCGCGCUGCUCCUGCACCUUGACCUCCUUGUCGAUGGACUGCAUGAACGACUCCAGGGGAUCGCUCUCGUCCACCGCCUUGGCAGCUGACUCCUUGACCACAGAAUCCUUGUCUGAUGACACGACAGACAGAUGCACACACAAAGGGGCAGAGGGAAUGCGCGAUGGAUGGUGCGUGUUGUCCUGUCUGUCUGUCUGGCUGGCUGGCUUGCUGACCAAGCUCGUUGGGUGUUUUGGUUUGGCUCAUGAUCUUCUUGAUCUCCUGCUGCCGGUUCAGGUGCUCCUGCUCCUCGUCCACCUCCAGCGUGUCGUCCUGCCACGGCUUCAACGCCACACCACUCUCAUCCUCCUCAACACCAGCACCCUCCUCCUUCUCAACCUCGCCCUCCUUCGAUGAGUGAGGCUCCUCCUCACCCACAGCCUCACCAACACCCUCCUUGAGAGCCUCAACGGCGGCCUCCUGUGGCUUGGUCUCGCUCACUGCGGCCGCUGCUGGGGCUGCUUCGGGGGUUGGUGGUGCGGCUGCUGCUGCAGCGGCCUCCGCCUCUCUCUGUGCCUUGAGCUGUCUGAACUUCUCGAGGCGCUCACGCUUGAGGCGCUCCUUCCUCUCGUCCUCGUCCUCGUGCUUGGGAGGGACUGCCGUCGCGGCGCCAGCCUGCAGAGGGGCGGCGUGGUGGGCGUCGAUCAGCAUGUCGUCAUGGGCGUGGUUGUGUCUGUCUUUGGACUUGGAGCGGGUCUCGCCUCUGUCCCCUCUGUGUGUGUCGGCGCGCUGCCGUUUGCUCUCCCGCCUGUGGCCCUCACGCCGGUCGUAGCUAUCGUGCUCGUCCAUGGACGCCUCACCAUCAUGGUCGUCUCUGCCCCCCUCCUCCGAUGAGCGUCUCUUGCGGUGGCGACGGUCGGAGCGGGAGUGUGAGUAGUCGUCAUAGUCCCUGCUGCUGUCGUCCCGGUGACGCUUCCGCUCCUUCCUGUCCUUGUCCCGCCGACGCUCCGACGAAUGCCGGCCGCUGUCGUAUCUGUCACGCGAAUGCCGAUCUAGCUCAUCGUCGUGGUAGUGAUGGCCAUGGCCAUCUCGCCUCUCUCUGUCGCGUGACUGGCGCCUGUCGUCAUCGUAGCCGUCUUCGUAUCUCCGGCUGCUGCUGCGAUGUCGGUCAUGUCUGUCGUAUGAACGCUCGCGGCUCAUGCUGGAGGCGCGGCGCGAUGUUUCUGCG